UCGCCUUUUGAAAGACAGCAACCCGCUCAACUGCCAUUCGCUGGUCCCACCCCGCUUUGGCACCGGCGACCUCGGGCGACCACCGCCCGGCACUCGGAACCGGAACCGGACCCGGGUCUCGCUCUCUGUCAGCAGGACAUCCCCACAAAGGCUGCCGUAUCUCACUCCCGCAGAGGCCGGCGUCGGGGGAUUGCCCACGAUGAGGGCCGCUCUGGUGUCGGCGGCCGUUGUCAUCAGCUUCUUCGCUGCGGCCCUCGCCAACACCGAAAAGACCAUCUUCCUCGGGCCUGAAGCCGUCAACGUUCCGCUCGCGCACCCGACCCUCUCCGAUCUCCGCCUGCGCACCCUCACACCGACCAACAACACCCUCCGGACCCGGCUCCCCGCCCGGUUCCCCUCUGCAGACCAACCCCAAGGGCCCGCCACAUGGCUCCUCCUCGACCACCUCACGCCUAAGCAGCGUUAUGAAGUGCGUGUCUGCUGGCCGGCCACGCAACCCACCGAUUUCACCGUCUCAACCUUUCCCCUCGCCACGGUAUGGGACACGCCGGAGCUGAUGGCCUCUCUGCGCGCCUACUCCGUCUCGCGGGAGCAGUCGCUCGCUCCCGAGGGUGGUCCGCCGCCACCCGGCAGCGGCAACGGCAGCGGCAACGGGAGCGACAGCGGCCCCAGUGAGCGGGAGGCCUCCGUUCUCUUGCUGCGCAUCCUGGCCGCGGCCGACUACUACACCACCGAUGCCUCGCUCAUGAGCAGCGUUCCCCCCGUCGACGUGGACAUCAUCCUGGACCCGUUCCUCUUCAACCUUCUACCCCGGUCGCUAGCCGGUACGGCGUGCUAUAUCGUCGCUGUCGCCGUCGCAGCGUAUCUCCUUUCUCGGAGGAUCGUUUCCGGCAUCCACCGACUGAUUGCUUCGGCUGACGCUGACGUACGACAGGAGGCUAUCAAGAAGAGACAGUAAUUUCAUAAAAUCGACAUCAACGGCCCUCUCGCUGCUCUCACCGUGACGGAAACACC